AAAGUUGAGGGACCAUAAUAGAAGUCCACUUUUUUUUUCUAUGAUCAAGUAUAGUCCGACUUGAAAAAUAUUUUUAUACCAUACAAAUAUAUAAGAUUAAUAUUUUUCAAGCCAGACUACACUGCAGUUAUGUUACAAUUAAUCUUUCAUAAAAAUAAUAAUGAAUAAUGAAGAACACCAUUACUUACACCCGCAAAUAAAUGGACCCCAAACCUCCUUCCAAGUUUUGCUUUUUCUAGUUUUUCUAGCUGGUGGAAGACUGGAAGCCUAAUUGCUUGAGAUGGUGGUGUACAUCUUCAGGGUGAUCGUCGAGUUUAGGGCGCUCCGGCUGUAUCCACCGGCCUUCAUUGUUCCUCACCAUCCCCUUGUUCUCAUCUUGUCUCCAAUACGGCGGAACCAAGUAAUGAUCUUUUAGAAAGUCGGAGGCUUUGUUAACCAACGCCGGGUCCCUCUUGCUCGCAAGCACAAAUUUAUGCCCUUUCCCAUGGUACCUGCGCCACAAACAUUUCACAAACAAACUGAUUUUAGAGCAACACCGCACAGCAAAUUUCAAACGCAAUUAUUAGUUAAAAAGCAGGGCCUGCGCUAUUUAUGGUUAGCCAGAUCUCCCUGUGUCUGCAAAAAGGACUGUUUUCAAGAAUUAAUCUAUCCAACAUGAAUGACCUAGACCUACUUCUUAUUGCUAUGGCUGGGGGAAAUCGUGGAACAGGGCGCAGGGGUAGACCACCCUUAAGUGCGCGUGCUGGUAGGAGAACUCCAUUAGUUGCUAGGAGUGAACCUGUUAAUCGAGAUGAGGUUGAGGUGGAUGAUGUUCAAAAUGAGUCAUUGGACUCUUCUGUAAGGAAUCAUGAUCAACAUAAUACAAAUGUUGGACAAAGUCAACAGUUGGGACAACAAAGUCAACCAAAUUUCAUGGAAAUUAUGCAGGCUAUGGCAAAGACUAUGGCUGAACAACAAGAGUUAGUCAAGUCCUUGGCAGAGCAACAAGCAAGGGUGAUUGCAGAGCAGCAGGAAAAGGUUUCAACACCACAGCCUACCCAAAAGGGAGGCUUAGCAGAGUUUGUUAAGCUUGCUAAGCCUUUCCAUGGAGAUUCGAAGGAUCCACUAGAGGCAGAAAAUUGGAUCAAGGAAAUGGAGAAGACUUUUCGAGGGCAGAGUGUCACUGAGGAGAAUAAGGUGCCAUAUGCUGCAUAUUUGUUGAAAGGUGAUGCAAAUAAUUGGUGGGAGGUAGAAGAAAGCAAGCACACUUCCCCAAUUGACUGGAGUACCUUCACAGAAGCAUUCCUUAAGGAGUAUCUACCUGAAAGUGACAGACAUGAGAUGCAGCAAAAAUUUCAUACCCUUGUCCAAGGCGACAAGUCUGUGAAGGAAUAUGAGAAGGAAUUCAACCGGCUUUUAAAGUUUGCUCCUCUGGCUACUCAAAAGGAUGAGGAAUCUAGGAGGUUGAAAUUUCUCUAUGGGCUGAAUCCACAUAUUCUGUCUGAGGUUCAGAAAUUUGAAGUAAGUACAUAUUCUACAACAGUUAACAAAGCCAAAGUGAUAGAGCAAGGUCAGAAAGUGGUUAUAGCAGCAGAGGAGAGUAGUGUUGGCACUAAGAAACAGAAAUGGAUGGGUGCCUUAAGCGGGAAAGAUUCCACUAAUCACAGUAAUCAUACAGAGCGGGAGGCAACAUGGGAGUUGGAGGAAGAUGCUAGGAAGAAAUACCCGCAACUUUUUGAUGAACAAGGUAUGAGUUUAGGGACUAAACUCUUUUAAGAGGGGAAGAAUGCCUAAUCCUCAUUUUCUAAGAUCGAAAAGCACCAAACUGCUUUCAAGCUUAUCUCAUCCCCUGUAUUAUAUAAUAUAAUAUUAUGCCACUAGCUGCUAAUUGUAGUCAUCAUAACGACAACCCCAGGAAGGAUGGGCCAUUCCCACACAGUUUCAGAGAAGUUGGCGAUACCAAUGUACCAUAACAGCACCGAUUGCGAGUAUGAUCUCACCUCAUAUCCUCACCCUUUUUUUUAUUUAUUAUAUAAUUAAGUUGUUCUAAAGUU